AUGGCGGGCCCAGGCCGCCUCCUCGGAGCCGCGCUUCUGGCCGCCCUCAUAUCCAACGCCUGGGCGGCCACCCUGGAGACGGCGCUGUCCGUCCGCGGAGGGACGUCCACCGACCUGAUCGAGCAGAUCCAGCAGCAGGUGCAGCUCAUGGACGAGCGGCUGGCGGCGCUCAGCGAGGCCCUGACGACCAUAUCGACAGUGGCCACCACAGUCACCGCGGCGCCAACAGAGCCGGUCACCACCGAGCCAACGACCACUGAACCAACAUCUACUGAGCCAGCGACCACUGAACCAACGACUACUGAGCCAACAACUACUCAAUCAACUACCACUGCAUCAACUACUACAGAGCCAACCACUUCUGCAACAACCACCAACGGAUCGUCCACUACUGAACCAACCACCACCGAACCAAGUACUUCUGGAACAACCAGCACAGGACCAACCACUGAGCAAACCACCACCGAACCAGCCACCUCUGGAACAACCACCAACGGACCAACCACCACCGAAGCAACUACUUCUGGAACAACCACCACUGGACCAACCACCACCGAACCAAGUACAUCUGGAACAACCAGCACAGGACCCACCACUGAGCAAACCACCACCGAACCAGCCACCUCUGGAACAACCACCACCGGAUCAACCACAACCGAACCAACCACUUCUGGAACAACCAGCAGUGAAGCAACAACCAUCGAAUCAACCACUUCGAGAACAACCACCACCGAACCAACCACCACCGAAACAACCACAACCGAAGUAACCACCACCGAAGUAACCACCACCGAAGCAACCACUACUGGAACAGCCAGCACAGGACCAACCACCACUGACGAAACCACAACGGAACCAACCACUUCUGGAACAACCAGCAGUGAAGCAACCACCAUCGAAUCAACGACUUCUAGAACAACCACCACCGAAACAACCACUUCUGGAACAACCACCACUGGACCAACCACCACCGAACCAAGUACUUCUGGAACAACCAGCACAGGACCCACCACUGAGCAAACGACCACCGAACCAGCCACCUCUGGAACAACCACCACCGGACCAACCACAACCGAAGCAACCACCACCGAACCAACCACUUCCGAAACAACCACCAGUAAACCAACCACCACCGAAACAAGCACAUCUGGAACAACCAGCACCGGACCAACUACCACUGGACCAACCACAACCGAAGCAACCACCACCGAAUCAACCACACCUGGAGCAACAACCACCGAACCAACCACUUCUGGGAAAACCACCACUGAACCAAUCACCACCGAACCAACCACAGAACCAACGACUUCUGGAACAGCCAGCACAGGACCAACCACCACUGAGGAAACCACAACCGAACCAACCACUUCUGGAACAGCCAGCAGUGAAGCAACCACCGUCGAAUCAACCACUUCUAGAGCAACCACCACCGAACCAACCACCACCGGACCAACCACCACCGAAGCAACUACUUCUGGGACAACCACCACUGGACCAACCACCACUGAACCAAGUACUUCUGGAACAACCAGCACAGGACCCACCACUGAGCAAACCACCACCGAACCAGCCACCUCUGGAACAACCACCACUGAAUCAACCACCACCGGACCAACCACAACCGAAGCAGCCACCACCGAACCAACCACUUCCAGAACAACCACCAGUGAACCAACCACCACUGAAACAACCACUUCUGGAACAACCACCGCUGGACCAACCACCACCGAACCAAGUACUUCUGGAACAACCAGCACAGGACCCACCACUGAGCAAAUCACCACCGAACCAGCCACCUCUGGAACAACCACCACCGGAUCAACCACAACCGAUGCAACUACCACCGAACCAACCACUUCUGGAACAACCAGCAGUGAAGCAACUACCAUCGAAUCAACCACUUCUAGAACAACCACCACCGAACCAACCACCACCGAAACAACCACAACCGAAGUAUCCACCACCGAAGUAACCACCACCGAAGCAACCACUUCUGGGACAACCAGCAGUGAAGCAACCACCAUCGAAUCAACCACUUCUAGAACAACCACCACCGAACCAACCACCACCGGACCAACCACCACCGAACCAACCACCACCGGACCAACCACCACCGAAGCAACUACUUCUGGAACAACCACCACUGGACCAACCACCACCGAGCCAAGUACUUCUGGAACAACCACCCCCGAACCAACCACUUCCGAAACAACCACCAUUAUACCAACCACCACCGAAACAAGCACAUCUGGAACAACCAGCAGCGGAUCAACUACCACUGGACCAACCACAACCGAAGCAACCACCACCGAAUCAACCACACCUGGAGCAACAACCGCCGAACCAACCACUUCUGGUACAACCACAACUGAACCAAUCACCACCGAACCAACCACUACAGAACCAACCACAGAACCAACGACUUCUGGAACAGCCAGCACAGGACCAACCACCACUGAGGAAACCACAACCGAACCAACCACUUCUGGAACAACCAGCAGUGAAGCAACCACCAUCGAAUCAACCACUUCUAGAACAACCCCCACCGAAGCAACCACUUCUGGAACAACCACCACUGAACCAAGUUCUUCUGGAACAACCAGCACAGGACCCACCACUGAGCAAACAACCACCGAACCAGCCACCUCAGGAAUAACCACUAUUGAACCAAUCACCACCGUACCAACCACAACCGAAGCAGCCACCACCGAACCAACCACUUCCGGAACAACCACCAGUGAACCAACCACCACUGAAACAACCACUUCUGGAACAACUACUGCUGGACCAACCACCACCGAACUAAGUACUUCUGGAACAACCAGCACAGGACCCACCACUGAGCAAACGACCACCGAACCAGCCACCUCUGGAACAACCACCACGGGACCAACCACAACCGAAGCAACCACCAUCAAACCAACCACCUCCGAAACAACCACCAGUAAACCAACCACCACCGAAACAAGCACAUCUGGAACAACCAGCACCGGACCAACUACCACUGGACCAACCACAACCGAAGCAACCACCACCGAAUCAACCACACCUGGAGCAACAACCACCGAACCAACCACUUCUGGUAAAACCACCACUGAACCAAUCACCACCGAUCCAACCACUACAGGUUCAACCACAGAACCAACGACUUCUGGAACAGCCAGCACAGGACCAACCACCACUGAGGAAACCACAACCGAACCAACCACUUCUGGAACAGCCAGCAGUGAAGCAACCACCAUCGAAUCAACCACUUCUAGAACAACCACCACCGAACCAACCACCAGUGAACCAACCACCACCGGACCAACCACCACCGAGGCAACUACUUCUGGGACAACCACCACUGGACCAACCACCACUGAACCAAGUACUUCUGGAACAACCAGCACAGGACCCACCACUGAGCAAACCACCACCGAACCAGCCACCUCUGGAACAACCACUAUUGAACCAAUCACCACCGUACCAACCACAACCGAAGCAGCCACCACCGAACCAACCACCUCCGGAACAACCACCAGUGAACCAACCACCACUGAGGCAACCACUUCUGGAAUAACCACCACUGGAUCAACCACCACCGAGCCAAGUACUUCUAGAACAACCAGCACAGGACCCACCACUGAGCAAACGACCACCGAACCAGCCACCUCUGGAACAACCACCACCGAACCAACCACAACCGAAGCAACCACCACCAAACCAACCACUUCCGAAACAACCACCAGUAAACCAACCACCGCCGAAACAAGCACAUCUGGAACAACCAGCACCGGACCAACUACCACUGGACCAACCACAACCGAAGUAACCACCACCGAAUCAACCACACCUGGAGCAACAACCACCGAACCAACCACUUCCGGAACAACCACCAGUGAACCAACCACCACUGAAACAACCACUUCUGGAACAACCACCACUGGACCAACCACCACCGAACCAAGUACUUCUGGAACAACCAGCACAGGACCCACCACUGAGCAAACGACCACCGAACCAGCCACCUCUGGAACAACCACCACCGGACCAACCACAACCGAAGCAACCACCACCGAACCAUCUACUUCCGAAACAACCACCAGUAAACCAACCACCACCGAAACAAGCACAUCUGGAACAACCAGCACCGGACCAACUACCACUGGACCAACCACAACCGAAGCAGCCACCACCGAACCAAGUACUUCUGAAACAACCAGCACAGGACCCACCACUGAGCAAACCACCACCGAACCAGCCACCUCUGGAACAACCACCACCGGAUCAACCACAACCGAAGCAAUCACCACCGAACCAACCACUUCUGGAACAACCAGCAGUGAAGCAACCACCAUCCAAUCAACCACUUCUAGAACAACCACCACCGAACCAACCACCACCGAAACAACCACAACCGAAGUAACCACCACCGAAGCAACCACUUCUGGAACAGCCAGCACAGGACCAACCACCACUGAGGAAACCACAACCGAACCAACCACUUCUGGAACAACCAGCAGUGAAGCAACCACCAUCGAAUCAUCCACUUCUAGAACAACCACCACCGAAGCAACUACUUCUGGGACAACCACCACUGGACCAACCACCACUGAACCAAGUACUUCUGGAACAACCAGCACAGGACCCACCACCACCGAAACAACCACAACCGAAGUAACCACCACCGAACCAGCCACCUCUGGAACAACCACUAUUGAACCAAUCACCACCGUACCAACCACAACUGAAGCAGCCACCACCGAACCAACCACUUCUGGAACAACCACCACUGGACCAACCACCACCGAACCAACCACUUCUGGAACAACCAGCAGUGAAGCAACCACCAUCGAAUCAACCACUUCUAGAACAACCACCACCGAAGCAACUACUUCUGGGACAACCACCACUGGACCAACCACCACUGAACCAAGUACUUCUGGAACAACCACUAUUGAACCAAUCACCACCGUACCAACCACAACCGAAUCAGCCACCACCGAACCAACCACUUCCGGAACAACCACCAGUGAACCAACCACCACUGAAACAACCACUUCUGCAACCACCACUGGACCAACCACCACCGAACCAAGUACUUCUGGAACAACCAGCACAGGACCCACCACUGAGCAAACCACCACCGAACCAAGACCCACCACUGAGCAAACGACCACCGAACCAGCCACCUCUGGAACAACCACCACCGGACCAACCACCACCGAAGCAACUACUUCUGGGACAACCACCACUGGACCAACCACCACCGAACCAAGUACUUCUGGAACAACCACCUCCGAACCAACCACUUCCGAAACAACCACCAGUAUACCAACCACCACCGAAACAAGCACAUCUGGAAUAACCAGCACCAGAUCAACUACCACUGGACCAACCACAACAGAAGCAACCACCAGCGAAUCAACCACACCUGGAGCAACAACCACCGAACCAACCACUUCUGGUACAACCACCACUGAACCAAUCACCACCGAACCAACCACUACAGAUUCAACCACAGAACCAACGACUUCUGGAACAGCCAGCACCGAACCAACCACCACCGGACCAACCACCACCGAAGCAACUACUUCUGGGCCAACCACCAAUGGACCAACCACCACUGAACCAAGUACUUCUGGAACAACCAGCACAGGACCCACCACUGAGCAAACCACCUCCGAACAAGCCACCUCUGAAACAACCACCACUGAAUCAACCACCACCGGACCAACCACAACCGAAGCAGCCACCACCGAACCAAACACUUCCGAAACAACCACCAGUGAACCAACCACCGCUGAAACAACCACUUCUGGAACAACCACCGCUGGACCAACCACCACCGAACCAAGUACUUCUGGAACAACCAGCACAGGACCCACCACUGAGCAAACCACCACCGAACCAGCCACCUCUGGAACAACCACCACCGGAUCAACCACAACCGAUGCAACCACCACCGAACCAACCACUUCUGGAACAACCAGCAGUGAAGCAACCACCAUCAAAUCAACCACUUCUAGAACAACCACCACCGAACCAACCACCACCGAAACAACCACAACCGAAGUAUCCACCACCGAAGUAACCACCACCGAAGCAACCACUUCUGGGACAACCAGCAGUGAAGCAACCACCAUCGAAUCAACCACUUCUAGAACAACCACCACCGAACCAACCACCACCGGACCAACCACCACCGAAGCAACUACUUCUGGGACAACCACCACUGGACCAACCACCACCGAACCAAGUACUUCUGGAACAACCACCUCCGAACCAACCACUUCCGAAACAACCACCAGUAUACCAACCACCACCGAAACAAGCACAUCUGGAAUAACCAGCACCAGAUCAACUACCACUCGACCAACCACAACCGAAGCAACCACCAUCAAAUCAACGACACCAGGAGCAACAACUGCCGAACCAACCACUUCUGGUACAACCACCACUGAACCAAUCACCACCGAACCAACCACUACAGAUUCAACCACAGAACCAACGACUUCUGGAACAUCCAGCACAGGACCAACCACCACUGAGGAUACCACAACCGAAUCAACCACUUCUGGAACAACCAGUAGUGAAGCAACCACCAUCGAAUCAACCACUUCCAGAACAACCACCACCGAAGCACCUACUUCUGGGACAACCACCACUGGACCAACCACCACUGAACCAAUUACUUCUGGAACAACCAGCAGUGAAGCAACCACCAUCGAAUCAACCACUUCUAGAACAACCCCCACCGAAGCAACCACUUCUGGGACAACCACCACUGAACCAAGUUCUUCUGGAACAACCAGCACAGGACCCACCACUGAGCAAACAACCACCGAACCAGCCGCCUCUGGAACAACCACUAUUAAACCAAUCACCACCGUACCAACCACAACCGAAGCAGCCACCACCGAACCAACCACCUCUGGAACAACCACCAGUGAACCAACCACCACUGAAACAACCACUUCUGGAAUAACCACCACUGGACCAACCACCACCGAACCAAGUACUUCUGGAACAACCAGCACAGGACCCACCACUGAGCAAACGACCACCGAACCAGCCACCUCUGGAACAACCACCACGGGACCAACCACAACCGAAGCAACCACCAUCAAACCAACCACUUCCGAAACAACCACCAGUAAACCAACCACCACCGAAACAAGCACAUCUGGAACAACCAGCACCGGACCAACUACCACUGGACCAACCACAACCGAAGCAACCACCACCGAAUCAACCACACCUGGAGCAACAACCACCGAACCAACCACUUCUGGUAAAACCACCACUGAACCAAUCACCACCGAACCAACCACUACAGGUUCAACCACAGAACCAACGACUUCUGGAACAGCCAGCACAGGACCAACCACCACUGAGGAAACCACAACCGAACCAACCACUUCUGGAACAGCCAGCAGUGAAGCAACCACCAUCAAAUCAACCACUUCUAGAACAACCACCACCGAACCAACCACCACUGAACCAACCACCACCGGACCAGCCACCACCGAGGCAACUACUUCUGGGACAACCACCACUGGACCAACCACCACUGAACCAAGUACUUCUGGAACAACCAGCACAGGACCCACCACUGAGCAAACCACCACCGAACCAGCCACCUCUGAAACAACCACCACCGAACCAACCACAACCGAAGCAGCCACCACCGAACCAACCACUUCCGGAACAACCACCAGUGAACCAACCACCACUGAAACAACCACUUCUGGAACAACUACUGCUGGACCAACCACCACCGAACCAAGUACUUCUGGAACAACCAGCACAGUACCCACCACUGAGCAAACGACCACCGAACCAGCCACCUCUGGAACAACCACUAUUGAACCAAUCACCACCGUACCAACCACAACCGAAGCAGCCACCACCGAACCAACCACCUCCGGAACAACCACCAGUGAACCAACCACCACCGAGCCAAGUACUUCUGGAACAACCAGCACAGGACCCACCACUGAGCAAACCACCACCGAACCAGCCACCUCUGAAACAACCACCACCGAACCAACCACAACCGAAGCAGCCACCACCGAACCAACCACUUCCGGAACAACCACCAGUGAACCAACCACCACUGAAACAACCACUUCUGGAACAACUACUGCUGGACCAACCACCACCGAGCCAAGUACUUCUGGAACAACCAGCACAGGACCCACCACUGAGCAAACGACCACCGAACCAGCCACCUCUGGAACAACCACCACCGAACCAACCACAACCGAAGCAACCACCACCAAACCAACCACUUCCGAAACGACCACCAGUAAACCAACCACCGCCGAAACAAGCACAUCUGGAACAACCAGCACCGGACCAACUACCACUGGACCAACCACAACCGAAGCAACCACCACCGAAUCAACCACACCUGGAGCAACAACCACCGAACCAACCACUUCUGGUAAAACCACCACUGAACCAAUCACCACCGAACCAACCACUACAGAUACAACCACAGAACCAACGACUUCUGGAACAGCCAGCACAGGACCAACCACCACUGAGGAAACCACAUCCGAACCAACCACUUCUGGGUCAGCCAGCAGUGAAGCAACCACCAUCGAAUCAACCACUUCUAGAACAACCACCACCGAACCAACCAUCACUGAACCAACCACCACCGGACCAACCACCACCGCGGCAACUACUUCUGGGACAACCACCACUGGACCAACCACCACUGAACCAAGUACUUCUGGAACAACCAGCACAGGACCCACCACUGAGCAAACCACCACCGAACCAGCCACCUCUGUAACAACCACCAACGGAUCAACCACAACCGAAGCAACCACCACCGAACCAACCACUUCUGGAACAACCAGCAGUGAAGCAACCACCAUCGAAUCAACCAGUUCUAGAACAACCACCACCGAACCAACCACCACCGAAACAACCACAACCGAAGUAUCCACCACCGAAAUAACCACCACCGAAGCAACCACUUCUGGGACAACCACCACUGGACCAACCACCACUGAACCAAGUACUUCUGGAACAACCAGCACAGGACCCACCACUGAGCAAACCACCACCGAACCAGCCACCUCUGAAACAACCACCACCGAACCAACCACAACCGAAGCAGCCACCACCGAACCAACCACUUCCGGAACAACCACCAGUGAACCAACCACCACUGAAACAACCACUUCUGGAACAACUACUGCUGGACCAACCACCACCGAACCAAGUACUUCUGGAACAACCAGCACAGUACCCACCACUGAGCAAACGACCACCGAACCAGCCACCUCUGGAACAACCACUAUUGAACCAAUCACCACCGUACCAACCACAACCGAAGCAGCCACCACCGAACCAACCACCUCCGGAACAACCACCAGUGAACCAACCACCACCGAGCCAAGUACUUCUGGAACAACCAGCACAGGACCCACCACUGAGCAAACGACCACCGAACCAGCCACCACUGAAACAACCACAUCUGGAGCAACCAGCACAGGACCAACUACAACCGAAACAGCCACCACAGAACAAACCACCUCCGAACCAACUACGUCUGGAACAACCAGCACAGGUCCAGCCACAACCGAAGCAACCACCACCGAACCAUCCACCGAACCAACCACUUCUGGAACAAACAGCACAGGACCAACCACCACCGAACCAACCACCACCGAAUUAACCACUACAGAACCAACCACUGCUGGAAAAUCCAGCACAGAGUUCACUCCGGCUACCCUGGCGGCGCUGCAGGAGAGUAACGACGAGCUCGGGUCGGCGCUGCAUUGUGCCGACAGGGGCGAGCUCAACAGCCUCACAGGCCCCGAAGUUGCCCAGCUCACUGACAUGGCCGACAGCGCGCGCACGCACGUAGCGCCGGCCGAGGUCGUCAUCGACGACAUCCUGGACCCCCGGUCUGGCCUGGCGCUGAGCUCUCCGUUCAUGGUGGUGCUGAUGACGCUCGGCUGCCUGCUGGUGCUGGGCGCCGUCGUCGCGGUGGCCGUCAUCGGCGUGCGCGCCUCGCGCCGGCCGGGAGCGCCGGCGGCCCGGCGGCCGCGGCCGGCCCGCUCCCCGGUCGGUGGCCGGGAUAACGCGGCGUUCGGCGACCUGGAGCUGGCCGAGCGGCCGCUGGGCGGCUGGCCGCCGGCCGAGCGGCGCGGCGCCGCCACCUCGCGCCCCGUGGCCCGCCGCUGGCUGGAGCCCAUCGCCGAGGCGCAGAAUUUCCGCGUGCGCCGGUACCCGGCCUUCAGCCAGGGACAGCUGAUCCCACGCGCCUACCUGAGCGACUAG